GGUUUAUAUAUGUCUCUCUUGCUACAUAAAAACAAUCGAGCAUAUCUCUCGAGUUCUAUUAAUAUAUAUUAGGAUUUAAAUAGUUACUUAAACGUUAUUAGGAAAUGUUGAUAUGAUUACCAUUAUUUUUAAGAAAAAUAGAUACAUAAAAACUCCACACGAAAUGGAAAGAAAUCUGAUGACCAACUAUCGCAAAACUGACGUAUUAAUUACAUCAGUAAUUUUGAUCGCAUCUGUAUUAUGUUAUGUUAAGUUUUAUCCACAAUCAGUAUUUAGCGCUGAGGAACGUCAGAAGUUUAUCCCAGAUCCAAAGAAGCCUCUACCAUUUUCUGAAACAAGGAUGGAGUUUUUUGAAAAAGCUGCUGUCGUUAGUGAUGCUGCUCCAUGUGCAAAAAUUGGAAGGGAUGUCCUUAAGAAAAAUGGUUCGGCAGUUGACGCAUCCAUUGGCGCAUUAAUAUGCAACUCAGUAGUCAACAUGCAAAGUGCUGGAGUUGGUGGGGGCUUUUUUAUGACAAUUUUUAAAAACGACGAAAAAAAAGUGUACUGUUUAAAUGCUAGAGAGAAAGCUCCUUCCAAUAUGAUGUCGGAUAAAUUUAUGAAUGAUGGAGAUCCAGUGAAUAAUAGCGUAAUGAUUGCUAUACCUGGAGAAAUAAAGGGUUAUUUAAGAGCUCAUCAAAAAUUUGGCAAGUUACGAUGGGAAGAAUUGGUGCAACCUACUAUAGAUAUUUGCGAAAAGGGAUAUACCAUUGGGCAACAUCAAUAUAACUCUAUGAUUCUUAAUAAAGAUAUUCAAUGGGAUGAAAACCUUAGGGAAUGGUUUUCUGAUAAUAAAACGCAAUUUAAAAGACCUGGUAAGAAAGUAGUACCUACAAAAUUAUGUAAUUUUCUUAAAAUGUUAUCCAAGAAUGGACCAGAGGAUUUUUACACAGGAGAAUUAUCAAAGUUAGUUCUUGAGGAUAUAGUUAAUACAAAUAGUACUAUUUCUGCGGAAGAUUUAAGAAGUUAUGACGCAGUAUGGAUGGAACCAAUCAAUAUAACCUUAAACAAUGGCGACCAAUUCUAUUCCUUUCCUGCUCCAGGUUCUGGUCCACUUGUAAGUUUUAUAUUGAACGUUUUGGAUGGAUACAAUUUUACUAAAGAAUCUCGUUUAAUGGAGGAAGAAAAUGUCUUACGAACAUACCAUAGGAUUAUAGAAACAUUCAAGUUUGCAUUCGCCAAAAGACCGGAAUUGGGAGAUCCAAACUUUGUUGAUGUAAGAGAGGUUACUAACAAACUGUUAUCUAAAGAUUUUGCAAAACUAGUCAGGCUUAAAGUAAAGGAUAAAACUUCACAUGAUCCAGCAUACUAUGGACUUCGUUCCAAUUCGAUAAAUUAUGAUCAAGGUACUUCUCACAUAUCAGUAAUUGCUGAAAACGGUGAUGCAGUGUCUGUAACCAGUACAAUAAAUAAGCAAUUUGGAGCUGCCAAAACCGGUAAGAGAACAGGCUUUAUUUUCAAUAACGCCAUGGCUGACUUUUCUUUCGAGUUUUUAAAGAACAAUUUUGACUUAAUUGGUGCAGAUAUUAAUAAACCGGAGCCUAGGAAAACACCAUUGUCUUCAAUGUCUCCGUCGAUUUUAACAGAUAAGCAUGACAAUGUGAAAUUAGUUAUAGGAGGAAUUGGUGGACCAAAAAUUAUAACGUCGAUAGCUCAAACGAUAAUGAGACUGCGAUGGUUAAAUAAUAACCUCAAAGAGGCAGUAGAUACACCAAAGGUUCAUCAUCAACUACUUCCAAUGACACUUGUAUAUGAGUAUGGAUUAAUAGACGAACUGGUACAGAAUCUUAAAGCACUUGGACAUACAACAUAUAGAAAGACUGACUCGGCUGUAUACGCUUUACAGAGAGAGAAUGAUAAAAUUAUAGGAAUACAUGACUCUAGAAAACCAGGCGGGGGAGUGUAUGGCAUUUAAAAUGUAGGCAUAUUAUUAUAUGGAUAAGAUAAUAGAAAAUAAAGUGGAUUGUAAUAUAAUAUGAAAGUCGGAGUUAAAUAAAUUUUUAAUAUUUUUA